AUGAAGCCAUUAGUCAAGAGUGGUGCUAGAUGCAGAGUGGGCAACAGAGUGUCCAUUUCUAUUAGUUCGGACCCUUGGCUUCAGGACAAGGAUAAUCCCUGGAUCACUACAGUUAAUCCUGCGUUCAUUGGGGCCAAAGUCUCCUCUCUGAUGCAUGCCGAUAGCUCUGAAUGGGAUGUAGAUGCGAUCAAAGAUCUAUUCAAUGAUAGAGAUUCCAGUUGCAUCCUUAGUAUACCUCUGUGCUCUAAUAGACCCAUUGAUAAUUGGUACUGGUCGUUGGAAUCGUCUGGGAUUUUUUCUGUAAAAAGUUGUUACAAAUCUCUUCAGGUGCUCAAGAAUGGUGAGGCUUCAGAAAUGGAAAAAUUGUUUUGGCAGGGCUUGUUGAAAGUGAGGGUUCCUCCUAAGGUAAAGGAUCUUGUUUGGAGGGCUUCUUCAGGCUGUUUACCUACAAAAACCCAGCUCCACUUGAGACAUGUGGAUGUGGAUAUAAUUAGCCCCUUAUGCCAAUCGGACAGGGAAACCGUUUCUCAUUUUUUGGUUGCUUGUAGUCGGGUUUGGCCUUGCUGGGUAAGUUUGGGGCUUGGAUUAUUGGCUCCAGAUUCUGAGACGUUUGGACACUGGUUAAUGCAGAAUUUAGUUCGCCUAGAUCAAGAACAAAAAGCAAAAGUUUUUAUGUUGCUUUGGGCUGUUUGGAGGAGGCAGAACGAGUGGGUAUGGCAGAAUAAAAGAGGUUCGUGUUAUGGGGUUUUGCUCCUAGCCGAUUCUACAUUGAAAACAUGGAUCAAGGCACAAGAUCGUGAAAUUGCUCCCCUGCCCUAUUUCUUAUCGCCUGAAGAUGGUCGAGAAUUGUGGAGCAAACCACCUUUGGGAUCCCUAAAAAUCAAUGUUGAUGCAGCAAGUUUCAUUGAGGCUUCUAAGCAUAGUUUCGCUGGUAUUGCUAGGGACCACAAUGAUGAUUGUAAAGUCCUGUGGAAGGACCUAGAUUCUGUUUCAAUUGUUUUUGUAAAACGUUCUGCUAAUGGGGCAGCCCAUGCUUUGGCAAAGGCUUCUUCCUUUGUGGCUGAACGGGUAUUGGUUAAGGAGAAUAUCUCCUCUAAUGUGUUGGAAGUAAUGUUACAAGAUUGUUGCUAA